AUGGGUGGAGGACAUCACGAGCCGUUCAAGAUCCCAAAUUACUCAAUCUACAGCAACUAUCGUGAUUUUCCACAGCUCGCCCAACAUGAAAAGCGGCUCGCUCAAAUCGGACUGAAAGAUCCGUGGAUCAGAAACUACGUCUACCUGUACGAUCGAAAAUAUCCUCAUGUUGUUGGACAAUGGGCGCAUUUCAAGAAGCUGAUUCUUCCUGGAUGGAAGGCUGGAGUUGCAUUCACCGCCGCUUUGAUCCUCGUCGAAGAAGCUUACCAAUACAAGACUCACGGAACGACUUCCUGGGAUGCUCAUCAUUAG